CCUUCUGGGAAAUGUAGUUCGCGCCUGCGCCCGGAGGGCCGCGGGGGCUGGUCCCCCUCUCCUGGGAUGCAGUGCUCUGGGCUGCUCCGGACGCCCACCCGCCCUGCCCCCUCCCCUGCGGCCUGCGCCCAGGAGCCGGAUUUCCUCCUGCGCCGACCUGGAUCGCUGACCGAGCGAGUGCUCGCCGCGCCGUGCCGGAAGUCGGGAGCGGAGACUGAGUCCGGGAUGGCGGGCCAGGUGUCGAUCGCCUUCCAGGACCUGGCCGUGCGGUUCUCUGAGGACGAGUGGCGGCUGCUGGGGGAGGGCCAGAGGGCGCUCUACCUGGACGUGAUGCGGGAGAACUACGACACGCUGGCCUCCCUGGAGCCUGGAGGAGCGGUGGGGGCCCGGAGCCGUGCUGGAGACGGGCAGGAGCCAACCCAGGGAGGAGGCCCCCUGGGAGGAGCCCCUCAGCACAGCCUGCACCUCAGCGCCCUGGUGCAGCUCGUGCAGGAGAUACCCGAGUUCCUGUUCGGGGAAGGCAGCCCCGAGAGUAGUGGGGGACCCAGCCUGGAUGGGGCAGCUGCGAGCCCUGAGGCUGUGACGGAGGACACGUGCCCUUUUCGAGACCUGCUCCGCUGCCUUCCAGAUACACCCAUGGGCCGGCUUGGCCUGGCCGCCACGCCCAGCGGCAGCUCAUCCAGCAGCACCCCGGGACCGGGGGGGCUGGGGAGCCCCCACCCCAUCAAAACUGCUGACAAGCCGAGGCCCGUGGAGGAGGGGAGCCCAGGAGCCCCUGGCCGGGAGCCCACCACCGGCAGCCAGGGCAGUAGCAAGAGCUGCAGGAAUCGGGAGAGAGGGUCCCCGGGGGCAGGAGCUGCGGGCAUCUCUCCUGGGCACAGCCCCUUGCAAGGCCUCAUCAACUGCCUGAAGGAGAUCCUCGAGCCCGGGCCCCAGGGCCCCGAGGGACCGCGGAGCUCGUCACCACCACCCACCCACAGCCUGGGUGCCUCCCAGCUGACCAGGGCAGAGCUGGGGCCUAAGGGCCCGCCCUGGGCCGUGAAGACAGAGGCGGCCUCAGGAGAUUGUCCCCUCCAGGGCCUGCUGAACUGUCUGAAGGAGAUCCCUGAGGCUCGGGACAGGCAUCCCAGCCCCUCAGGAGCCAGCGACCCACGGCUGCGGGAGGACCCAGGGGCCUGGAAAAGGAAUUCUGGAGGACUCCGACCCCUCCAGACCCCUCCUCCGGGGCCUGGGCCUGGAGCUGUCAGCGUGCUCUCUGCAGUGAAGGUGGAGGACAGCUGGCCCCAGAGACCCCCGGAGCCCACAUCCUGUCAGCUCAGCAAGCGGCUCCACGGCCCCUCUGCUGCCAGCAGCCCCAGGAAUGUCAGAGACACCGCCCCCGCCCAGGUGCGGGUGCCCAGCUGGGGCCCUGCAGCUCAAGCCGGCAGCGCCUCGAGCUCACCCCUGGAAGCCCUGGAGGCCUGUCUGAGGGGCAUUCCCCUGAGUGGGUCGUUACCUCCCCAGCCGCCGGCCAGCUUUUGGUCCCGGAGCCCCCAGCCAGGAGACCCCGGGUCUCAGAGGCCCGAGCUGCCGCGCCGCGGACCGCACAGCAAAGAGGUGGUCGUGGGGCCUCUGCCGCCUCUGGGCCUGCAGGGCUGCACAAGAGACAGCCCGGCCCUGCCCCUGGGCUCCCAAGGCACCCCCAGCAGCUUCUCGUCAUCCAGCAGCUCUGACGGGGACCUGGAUUUCCAGACCCCUGAGCGCAGCCAGGGGCAUCGGCUGGGAAAAGGAAGCCCCAUGGGGAGCUCCCCGCUCCAGGGCCUGGAGAACUGUCUCAGAGAGAUACCUGCGCCCCGGCCGCAGCCGGCCUGGCCCUGCUCCUUGGCCGGAGAUGGAGGGCCACGGCGAGCGGAGCCCAGGAACUGGGUGGCAGGACUGAGGGGCGAGGCCUGUGAACCAGUGCACCUGGGACAGCGUGGGGGCGAUGUGCCUGCCAGGAGCCUCCGACUGGCCAGCCCGCAGGCCCUGGCCUCCAGGGCCCUGUCCGCCUGUUCCCCACAAGGACCCAGAGAGCUCGGGGCGGCCAGGCCGGGACAGUGGAGGUGGCUUCAAGAAGGGCCAGCCACCAAGCCUUCCCCGCUCCACUGCCUGGAGAACUCUCUGAAAGGGAUCUUGCCUGGGGGGCCCUUGCGCUUUGCCUGCCUGGCCGGCCUGGGCCCCAGCCCCUGCUCCAGCUCCAGCUCGAGCAUCAGCAGCUCAGAAGGAGAAGACCCGAGGCCGGAGCCCGAGCUCUGGCAGCCCCUCCUGCAGGAGAGGGACCACCCUCCCAGCAGCAAGGGCCUUGGCCUGCCGUCCCCACACCAUGGCGGCCCCCGUGCUGGCUGCAGCCCUGGGGAAGGCUUGAGGAGACGCGAGCCCGGGCACCGCUGUGACCUCAGUGCAGGCCGUAUCCAAGUACCCCCCGUCAGUGUGGCCGUGUCGGAGCCACGCGUGUCCACACCGGAGAUGCUUAGUGCUCUUCCCGCACGGUCUGCUGUGCAUCCCUGCCCUGCCGCUCAGCUGGGGAGAAGGCCGGGGCCUGGGCCCUGCCAGCCUCCUGGGUCAGCCCAUGGGCUCCAGUCCUGGAAGCCAACUGCCAGUGAAGAAUCCAGGGGCCUCGGGCCUGGGGACGGAAGACCAGGUGUGACAGCUGGGACCGACGGGGGGCCCCUUCCUGGGGGUGUGCCCCAGCCAGACCUCACAGCCGCCGUCCCUGGGGCCUCGCCUGGCGCCUCCCCGCGGCCGCCGUGCCCCUGUGGGACUUCCCUGCAGCAGGAGCUCCGCAGCCUGGGCGCCGCCCUCUCGGAGAAGCUGGACCGGCUGGCCGGGGCCCUGGCCGGCCUGGCUCAGGAGGUGGCUGCCGUGAGGACCCAGGUGGACCGACUCGGGCGCCGCCCGCGGGGCCUGGGGCCCAAGGGCCUCCCCCGGGGCCCUCGCUCGGCCAGCGGCCCUGCCCACAGACACCCGCCCUACUGGAGGCACAAGGGCCCCCCCAGGCCGAGACCGAAGAUCCUGCGGGGGGUCCCGGCUGAAGGCUGCAGGGCCGGGGACCCGUCGCCGGGCCUGUGCACUGGGAUGCUCCGUCGGGUGCCUCCAGACACCCCUGCAGUGGAGCCCCCGGGGCCCGGCUCCAGCCCUCCCCAGCAGCCUCACGCCUCAGCCUGCAGCGGCCCCGCUGUGCAGACUGUAUGUCACCCCCUCGGGCACCCCGAGGCCUGCCAGAGCCCCCCUCCCCUUUCACUUCUGGCUGCCCCGCCCCCCCAAGUGGCUGCUCCGGUGGGCACUGCAGAGGCAGAACCACGGGGUGCGGUGGCUGCCCCACCCAGGACCCCAAAGUGGCCCAAAGAUCCAAGCGGCCUGCUGGUGGGACUCCAGAGAGCCCUUGAGAGCGAACGGUGGGGUGGGGAGCACAGGGACCCAGCGUGGGGACCCCCUAACCGCUACCUUCGUGGACUCAGCCCUGCGGAGGGUGCCCCACCUCCGGCCACUUCGCCCCACUCCAGCAGAACCUUCCCCACGUUGGGGCCAUGAAGGGAGCCCCCUGACUCCAGGGUGACCAUUGCUCAGGGAGGCCACCGUUUGGGGGGUUUGUGUUCCCCAACCACGCCUCUGGCUUUCUUGACUCAGGUUCAUUUAAAUGUCGCUUCCCCCUCCGGCCCUUGCCACCAGAACCGCCAAGGCGGGCAGAGGGGCGGUGUGCACCCACGUGUGUGUGUGUGUGCUAUGUGUGGGCACGCCACGUGUGCCCAGGGUGCCCUGAGCCGCUGCAGAGGGGCCACGAGAGCACCUCGUCUCAGCACCUGCCAUCCGGGCCUCAGCGCUGCAGAGCGUGGCGCCUGUCUUCCUGGUCCACGGGGGCUUAGCUUCUCUUUGGGGCAGGUCUCUGCCCCCUGGCCGAGGCUGGAGGUACCUGUGUGCAUUCUGAAUUACUGAAGGUGGUUGCCAAGGGGAAGAAGGGCGCUCAGAGGGGCCGCACCAGAGUGUGGCUGUGUGGCUGUCAUUGGCACUGGGGACAAGCUGGCUCCUGCCUUCCUGCCUCCUCCAGAGAAUCCAGCAGCCUCCCCGAAGUUGGGGGAAGAAUCCCACCGACUUCCAGGGAGAGAGCAGCGCGCGAGUUGGCUUCCUGGGCCCGUAGUGACAGUCUGCAGUGGAGCCCGGGAGCCUCCAACAACACACAUUUACAUCCUCCCGGUUCAGAGGCCAGAGGUCCAAGGCGCAGGUGUCGGCAGAGUUGGUUCCUCCUGAGUCUGCCCUCGGCCUCUCUGCGGGGCCGGUCGCUGACUGUCGUCGCGUCCCCAGGGCGCUCCCCCUUUGCUCAUGCCCCUCAGUGUCCCUUUUGUCUAAGGACGCCAUCUGCAGGCCCUCCGUCUAACACGAUUGCUUCCGUAAAGACCUCAUCUCUAACUCAGGUCUCGUUCGUGGCCCUGGGGUUGUUAGGGUUCCCGUGUGUGACUCUGGGGAUGGGGGUGCACAAUCCAACCCCCGACUCACAUGAGGGAGCGAGCUCAUCUUGGUCCUGGUGGGAGGAGGCAGCAUGACCAGGGUCACUAGGCCCGCUUUCCUGGGGCCACCAGGCUGCCCUGGGCCCCACCCCUCCCUUGGGGCAUCAGGAGUGACCUGCCUGUCAUCACUGCGUUUCUGAUCUUUUUUCCCCGAUCUUUGCCCACCGAGCCCUUACCUGAUCUGAGGAAUCCUCGGGACGGUCCAUGCGCUCUGGGAAGGCCCUGCCCGGCUGUGCCGUCAGGGAACCAGGCCCCAGCUGGCUUGGGACCCAGGGGGGCUGCACUUGUCCCCAGUGCAGUGAGUGCUCAAGGGGGGUGCCCAUUGGCUGGUUUGCCCAGCGUGCCCCUAAAAUCGGAUCUUUGGGGACACAAGCAGGGCCUGGCCUGUGCUGCUCAUGGUCCCUGUGGAAGGAGCAGGCACUGAUGCCGACGGCAGGAGAGCCAGGGGCCGGGAGAACAGACCAUCGAAAGGGGGUGUUAGAAUGUUUCCAGGACUGGAGUAAGUCCCUCGAUGACCGUCUCAGAAGCUAGGUGUAUGAGAUCAUGUAAGUAGAUUGUUUAAACACACAGCCUUCACAGCUAGCCACAACUUGAGGAAGAAUAAGGAACAGAAGAGGUCUAGGCCUUCCACCUAGAAAGACAAAUCCAGCUGCCUCCAGGCUGUGUAGGGAGUGAAGCUCGGCCGUUCCAGAGCCAUCGGGAGGGUCUGAUGGAAUCGGCGCUGUGGACCAGGGGUUUGAGCUGAAAGGAGGAGGGCUUGUCCGGCCUUUUGCUCGCCCUCUGUAGGAGUUGGGGAUGGGGGGGUGGCGGCCUGCCCGACAGACCCGUGUGACAUUUUAAGGCUCGGUUUUGUGGGCUUUGCAAAUACCAGUCUUUGCAUCACCCUGGGCUGCAGGCGCGGAGGAGCACAGAGGCUCAGACGGGGUGAGGGGUUUGCUGAGGGGUGCACAGCCUUCCUCUGGCCGAGUUAGGAUAGUGCGUGCCCUGAUGCCACCCAGGCCAGGGGGCUCCCAGCCCGGCUGGAUGCUGUGGGAAGUUCAGGUCCUUUUUUAAGAAUGUGGAAAGUCAGCCAUGAAGUGAACGGUGAGAGGUUCCGUGAGCCGCAGCCGUGUUCAUCCCCCAGAUCCACUGCCACGCGGACGACACCCCUCCCAAGUCAUGAAUUGAAAAGCCUUCUAGAACCACUGAUUUGGUGACAAACCCAUUGGCAGUUUAGGAGUUUGGUCCUGUGUCUGUCUCCAUCUACUUGGUGAGGAAGUGUGGUCACUUUGGUAGGAGAAACCACGGACUGUUGUGAACUCAGGAAUUCCCGGGGUCAGGAGGUGGGGGGCAGAGAACCUUCCCUCCCCGGGCACUCACGCACAUGAGGGUCCCCUGUGUCCUGACCCCCGCCUGUCAGCCGAGGCCACUGAGAGGCAGCAAAGUGGGAAGGUCCUGCCUGGGCGGAUCAGGGCAGGCGCCCACAGCCUCCAGAUGACCCCCCAAGGGUCCGGUAGAAUGGGGGGCCUUAGUCCCCUGUCUGAGACACCCCACGAUGUCACCACUCUCUGGAAGGAGCUCAUCAGGCGGGCGGACCAGGCUUGCUCUCCACUCUCUUGUGUCCUUGUGUUUUAGAUGUGGCUUCUGUAAACAGCCUCCUGUUGGAUUUUGUCUUUUAAUCCAACUUGGCAAAUUUUAUUCUUUAGUCGGAGCCCUUAAUCCACUAUUGUGUAAUAUUAUUGUUGAUAUAUUGAGAUUUGAAUACACCAUCUUAUUUUUGCUGGUGUUUGUCUCACUCGUUUCGGGCAGGGUCUUCUUUCCUGCUGACAGUGUUGUGGGUUUUGAGUCAUUCUUAACCUCCUUGACGAGCCUCAACAUUUAAAGAACUAAAAGGGGAAACAUUCAAAUUUACAAUCUUAUUUGGGAAGUUUUAGCAUAAUUUUUCUUUUUAGAAAUUGGUUGGACAAAGCAGGAAGGAUAUGGAAGAUGUGAGCAAACCAUUUCACAAAAUUGGGUUGACUGGUGAAUAGCUAGAAUGUUGCACCACAGGACUACAGAAUAUUCCUUUUCAAAAAUACAUAAGGCAGUUACAAAAACUGACCUUAUACUAAGCCCGAGAGCAAGUUUAAACAAACUUAAAAUUA